AUGAAACUGGGACUGGCACUCGGCUACUGGGGCUCACAGCCGCCCACCAACCACAUACAACUGGCACAGGAGGCUGAACGCCUGGGAUACGAUUCGGUAUGGACUGCCGAAGCUUAUGGUUCUGAUGCAUUGAGCCCGCUCGCCUGGAUCGGCGCCAAUACCAGCACUAUUCGUCUGGGCACCGGGGUGAUACAGCUGUCGGCGCGCACCCCGACAGCAACCGCAAUGGCUGCCAUGACCAUGGAUCACCUCUCCAACGGCCGUAUGAUAAUUGGUCUGGGGGUAUCCGGACCACAGGUUGUCGAGGGCUGGUACGGCGGUCCGUUUGCCAAACCCCUGGCGCGAACCAGAGAAUAUAUCGACAUCAUGCGUCAGGUCAUCGCGCGCGAGGAACCUGUCGCCAACCAAGGCGAACAUUACCCUCUGCCUUAUCAAGGGGAAGGGUCCUGGGGGCUAGGCAAACCUUUGAAGUCGAUCCUGCAUCCUCUACGUAAAGAAAUUCCUAUUUUCAUGGGUGCCGAAGGCCCAAAAAAUGUGGCGUUGGCCGCAGAGAUUGCAGAUGGCUGGCUGCCCCUUUACUACUCUCCGUUCCGCCAGGAGGUCUAUGCACCUUCGCUGUCCAAUGCCAAAGCAGACUUCGAGAUCACCCAGGGUGUAGUGGUCAACAUUACUGAUGAUGUUGAAGCCGGUCUGCAGCCGGUGAAACACAUGCUGGCACUUUAUGUCGGCGGCAUGGGUGCCAAAGACCGCAACUUCCACAAAGAACUUGUCAGCCGCAUGGGUUUUGAAGCCGAAGCACAGAAAGUUCAGGAUCUGUUUAUGGCAGGGAAAAAGGACGAGGCCGCUCAAGCUAUUCCUGACGCCCUGGCAGACGAGAUUUCUCUGGUGGGACCCAUCGAUAAGAUCAAAGAUCGCCUGCAGGCAUGGGACGAGACGCCAGUAACCUCGCUGACCGUGUCCGCGCGCAGUUCAGCUCAACUGCAGACCCUCGCAGAGCUGGUUCUCGAUCGCUAA